UAAUCCAUACAACAGAUAAGCCUUCUGCCAUCCCGCAUUUCAGCCUUUGUAUCUCCUCUUUUGUACUUUUUUGUGUUAUGAUAAAAACCUAAAGGGAAACCUAUUUGUUUCGGUUCGUACAACAGUGGGAAAACUUGUGGCUGAGGGAAGAGAUGUAAAGUGCGGUGUUUGAUCCACUUGUUGAUUGAGUAAGACUCGCGGUUAGCUGACUAGCUCUCACACGCACUUAACACAAGAUCGGACGGAUGUAACCUUCAGUAUGAACGCAGCGAAAGCUUUGUGACUGACGCUAAUCUGUAAUUCGGAUUUACGACUCGAAUCCGGGCAGUUGCGUUAUCGACAGCCAGUCAGUGAGCGUUUUUUUAAAAUAAUAAGUAACACUUGAGGGAUCCUGUUAAUUCGGGAAACACUUGAUGGCGAGUAAAACUUAAACUGAAUCCUUUGGCUAAUGCUAACUUAAGGAAAGGUGUUCUUUAAACCAUAAACAAACAAAACGACACAUUUCGGUUGAUCGCUGUUUGUUUCGAGAAUUGAAACAAACAUAUAUAACGUUACGUCUGUAAGUUUUUGUAAAUUUACACUCCACUUUAUUAUUAAACACUGGUCAUAAAUGAUGGACAGCGCCUAGUUCACUGGAGAAAACUAGGCAUCGUGGUAACCAAGAGAUGUUCAUGUGGAAUAACAUCAACAGCUGCUUUUAAUCUGGAAGACUAUGUAGGAUGUUACUUUUUUAUUUACUCAUUUUGGAAUCAGUUUAAAAGUGGGAAAAAACCACAAAAGACUACAAAUUGUGUUAUUUUGGGAGAGAGCUUGUGUAUGAAAUGGGUACGAUCGACCAAUACCCUAUAGACUCUGGCUUCCCUGAAGGGGAUCACAGGAUCUUUUACAGUACGCAGAGAUCUGGGAGUUUUGAGGAACAUCAUGGUAAUGGAGAGGGAUGGAAAGAGGUGGAUGUGACCCUUGCUGGGGGAGCACCAUGGGGUUUUACCCUCCGAGGUGGACUGGAGCACAGAGAACCUCUUCUUAUAACCAAGGUGGAAGAGGGCAGCAAGGCCGCAACCGCAAGACUGCAGGCUGGAGAUGAACUCAUCAACGUCAACAACAUUUCUCUCAGUGGCUACAGACAAGAGGCCAUCUGUCUAAUCAAGGGCUCCUACAAGACUCUCAGCCUGGUGGUGAAAAGGAGAAAUGAACCCAUGAGUAGACCUCACUCCUGGCAUGCAACCAAGUUCAACGAGAGCCACUCAGAAGCCAAAAACCAGUCCACGCCCUCACCAGUCUGGCAAACAAGAUAUGAUGCAAGUUCAUUCUCUUCUGAACUCUCAACUGGCUGGGAGCAAACAAAUCUACAGAGAGUAUCUGACCAGUUCAGCUCGUUGGGGAGUAUGGACAGCCUAGAGCAUAGUGCACAUCCCUAUCCACCCGGUAGUCUUUCCCCAAGCAAGUCCAAUAAUAACAGCAUUGAAUAUUUGGGUGGUGGUAAACGAGAUUCUGCUUACAGUUCCUUUUCUACAAGCUCAGGAACCCCAGAUUACACACUGUCCAAAAGUAAUGCUGCAUCCACUGAGAACAUGCUGUACAAAAUUAAUCAGUGGGACUCAAGUGGCAGGCACAGCAAUGGCAGACAUAGCCAAAACCUAAGCGAAGGGGUACGACAAGAUGAGAGGCUUGGAUACUUGCAGCAUCUCUCAGGUUCAGGUAGCCAUGAGACCCCAAAAGCUGAAGAACAACCAGGCACUCGGCAUUCAAGCUCUGGAAGAGUUAGUAUUGGACCUGUCUGGCAUAUCCCAGAUAUGAAGAAAAACAUGGUAUCCUCCACCCCACCUCCUACUCCACCGACACGCAGUGAUAGUUUUGCAGCUACCAAGGUUCAUGAGAAGGGUCUGAACACAGGCACCUCUGAAGGCCUUGGUGUUCACAUCCAGUUAAAGCCUCAGGUAAAAGCUUUGCAAAAGGCAGGAGAGACCCAUGAAAGCACGCAAAGGUCUUACCAAGUCAACGAGACUGGUCUUGAGGGCCGACGGGACUAUAACCUGCCAUCCAAAAAUGAUUCCUCAAAUCCCUAUAUUUCCUCUGAUGCCCAUCAUCAGCAUCCACCCCGUAUGUCAUCUGACAAGACAUACUCCCUAUCAACGACAGAUGUCAGAGAUAGACAUCAGUCCUAUGCACAUGUUCAACACGAUCCACGGCAGUACAGCGACGAGGGCACUUUUCACGCUCAAACUAGGACAAUUCCAGCACUGAAACCUCCAUUCAGUGGCUACUUCAGCAGUAUGCAGGAGCUGCCCACAAUCAACCACGUGCAACUCAGUAGCCAGAAUCAAACUAGAAGGCCAUCUGCAUCAAUGUCUGGUCAUGUUGGAGUUACCUCUCAUCAUAUCAGUCAGGGAAUGACCCAGGCAUCUUUAGUGAGAGUUGAUGACUCUAAAGCUUUUUCAGUCUCAGAAAUGUCACACAGUGGACGGGACCGGAUGUCCAUAGGUUCUCAAGGAGGAGCAAAAGACCGCUAUUUCCCACCUCAGUCACAGCACCAUGAUACAGAGCAUAAAGACAACAAUGCCCCCUCCAAACAAAGUGACAGCCAUCAUCGCAUUUUCUCUGCACAGAGUAAUCCCUUGAAUGUGUCUGAUUUAACAAAACCUUCUGAAUUGAAGGGAAGCCAAAAGCAACACCAUGUGUCUAGCUCAGAUGAGCAUUCUGGUAGUUAUCCAUCAAGUAAGCAACCCGAGCACAGGAGAAGUGCUGGUCAUCUCCAUCUUAAAGAGUACUCGCAACAACCCUUUCAAACUCAAAGUGAGUCAAAGAUUUCUCCCCAGAAAACACCUAUGCUGUAUUCUCUGGCCCAUGAGCACCAUGACGUGGAGGACUGUCAAUAUGUGAUCAACAGCGGAAGUGCACAACUGGAAGCCCUUGACAGUCAGAGUGGCAAACAGGCACGACGAAGUGACAGAUUUGCCACAACCUUGCGCAAUGAGAUCCAGAUGAGGAGGUCCCAGCUUCAAAAAAGUCAAAGCGCAGCCACUUUAGAAAGUCCGGUUGAAGCUGUAGAAGAGCCUACAGUCUGGAGGACCACUGAGACGACUUCUUCCUCUUCAGAAGGCUGCUUUUCCAGCUCUUAUAAAGACCAUCUGAAAGAAGCCCAAGCCAGAGUCCUCCAGGCUACAUCCUUUAGAAGGAAAGACCUAGAGCCAGUCUUGUUUGAGCAUACAGGUAAUGAGGGUCCCACUAGGAAAGACACACCUCCGCUUCCAGGUGUCUCCGAGGUCCCACCUACUAAACCCACCUCAGGGAGUAAUCAGGUGCUUCGCAUUGGUAACCGCAAGCGGUUUUCUGCAGAAAAGAAAGUUCGGUCUUUUUCUGAGCCAGAUAAAAUUCAUGAAGUAGGAGCUAAUGAGCGCUCCAGUGUGCCUGAUAAUGCUGAACCUUUAGAAAACCGGCACAGAUUAUUUGAGGUGGUGGGGAAUCCAGCUUUCCCUAAACCUAUGCCAAAGCAAAAUCUGCAGAUAUCUGAAGACACCAGACUGUGCAAGUCUGGAGGCAUGCACUAUUCUGCAAAGAGUGACACAGCAGGGCGGAGUAACAGUGAAAGCUCAACCCCCACUGAACACCACCUUAAUGAAGGUCGGGAUGGCCCUCUCUCAGUUAACCGACAAGCCAUACUAGAACAACAGCGACUUGGCACCUUUGCAGAGUAUGAGGCCAAAUGGAACAUCCAAAGGAAAGCGGCCGAACCAAGGGUAUCUGGACGAUACCACUCCGCUGAUAACAUCCUUGAUACAGGAAAUGAGAGACGGAGUAAGCCCACCUGUAUGCAUGAAAGAUCUAGAUCCUCCCCUUCUGCUGACUUCUAUGGUCAGAAUCUUCCAGUUCAAGAGAAGCCAUCAGCUGACUAUUCCAAACCUGAGAAAAAUCUCUGCGAACAGGAUAAGAAUAGUACAAGGUUAAAUGAGAAUGGAUAUAGUGAACUCGUAUGCAAGGAGAAACCAGAAGCACCUCCUCUGGCCUUGACUGAAGACCUGGAGAAAAAAGCUUUAGAACCUCCAUCCAAUCAUCAUAAAACUGUACAGCAUUUUUCUGACCAUAGCAAUCGCAGCUCUGUUCUCUUGCCUCAUCUGGAGAAGUACAAAUGCCCUGAGGGCACACCUCCUCCUCUUAGCAAAUUUCAGGAGGUCCAGCCUGGAUCACCAGGAGGAGUCUUGGCCUCACUUUCUGCUGUCAACAAUCAAAGCUUCACCCCUCUUUCAGUCCCUGUUCCUUGGAAGGGUUCCGAGCACAGCAAAGGGCCAACCAGGGAGGAGGAGCUACAACAAGAGCUUGUGCCUCCUCCCUUUCCACCUCCUCCCCCUCCAGCUGUCCUGCCCACCCAACAAACCGCUGGACAGACCCAGCCCACCAUGGAGGGGCAGCGUCCGCCCUCGCCCCAGUUUGCUCCCCAGAGGCUGACUGACAAGCCCCCUCUCUCCGUCUCCAUACAGGAUGAAGCUCCUGGAAGGAUGGAAAGGGUUAAAGAUGAGAACACGUCAGUGAAGAAAGUUCCCAUUAAGAUUGUCCACUCCGAGAGUGACACUGAAAAAGAAAGUCGACAGUAUCUUGACCUGCCCAUCGAGACCCCUGUCAGCUCUGAAGGACCUGGAGUAACUCGUUUUCAGAGUUUGGGAAACCCGGAACAGUCAUACUCUCUGUUCUGUACUUACACCAGACAAAAGGACCAGGGGCCUGAUCCGAAAGAAGCAGAUAUGGGCCCUCUGAAAGACCAGGGUCCACAAACCAAUGUGAACACAAUAUCUUAUGCAUUACAUGACUUACAGACUUCGUCUGAUCAGAGCAGCAACGGGGUGUCUUCACAUCCCUCACAGUCAGAAGAUGACGAAAAAAGAAAGGAGCUUGCUAGAGACAUAAUGGACAAGGACAAGUCCCUAGUGGACAUUUUAGACCUGAGUAAGAUGAAGACCACUAUGGAUCUGAUGGAGGGGAUUUUCCCUCAAGGAGAGCAGCUACUGGAAGAGGCCCAACAGCGCAGGAAAGCUGCACCUAAACAGCUCUCUCCUCGCAACUCUUUGGAGAAGAAAGAGGAGGACAGCCUAGUGGCAGCCACUGCUUUAGUGACUAAUUCAACCUACUACAGUACAUCUGCACCCAAAGCAGAGCUGUUGAUUAAGAUGAAGGACAUGCAGGAACAGAGUGUAGAACACAACUCAGAGGAGGAGCUGGAGGAGGACAAUGAAAGCGAUCUUGCCAGCAAGAAGCAUGAGUUGAUUGACAGUCUCAGCAAGAAGCUGCAGGUGCUGAAGGAAGCUCAGCAGAGUCUACAGGAGGACGUGCAAGACAACAACGCUCUCGGGGAGGAUGUGGAGGCCAUCGUACAGGGUGUCUGCAAGCCUAAUGAACUCGAAAAGUUCCGUAUGUUCGUUGGUGAUCUUGAUAAAGUGGUCAACCUUCUGCUGUCUCUGUCUGGACGCUUGGCCAGAGUAGAGAAUGCCCUCAACAGCCUGGAGGAAGACGCUUCACUGGAGGAGAGGCGUACACUGACAGAGAAACGCAAACUGCUGAUCCGUCAACAUGAGGAUGCCAAGGAGCUGAAGGAGAACCUUGACAGGAGAGAACGGGUCGUCUACGACAUCCUGGCGAGCUACCUGUCAGAAGAGAAUAUGGCUGAUUAUGAGCACUUUGUGAAGAUGAAGUCUGCCCUUAUUAUUGAGCAGCGCAAGCUCGAGGACAAGAUCAAACUGGGGGAGGAGCAGCUCAAGUGUCUGAUGGACAGUCUCCCAAUGGACCAGAGGACAACCAACUGAGGACUUAAAAAACUGAUGCAAUGAUCCAGAGCAACUCGCUUGACGUCACCCUAAAUAACAGGGUUCCAAAGCAGUAUUUAAUGUGGUCCAUGUACUGCCAAUGGAAUUGCAUUCGGGUCAUAUAUCGAGUGCUUCUUGUCUGCCCCAGCAGACAGCAUUUUGGCAAGACUCAUGAAGUGCUGGGCACUUUUAGAUCAUGAUUUGACCAAAUCACCUGUCAGCUGAUCUUAUAUUUUCAUGACGUUCCAAUGUUACACGACCCAUAGAAUUAUAUGGUGAAAUAAUGUUUAAAGACACUUAAUUUUUUUUUUCUCCCCAUGAAUCGGUUUAAAUAUGUCAUGCCCUUUUUGCACCAAUGUGCUCUAAAAACUUGACACUCUGUGUGUUGGCCUACAUGCCAUGGUCACUCACUGUGCUGUAUCUUUUUAACCACUAGAGGGCAAUGAAAGACACCUCAAAAUGUCAAUGCCUGAAUGCCAAUAUAAACUUUUGAUUCAAACAUACACUCAAAUCCCGGUGGCAUAAAGCUUUGCACAUGUAAGCGGUUUCGAUUUACACCAGGAGGUUGUAAUUAUCUUCCGAAAAUGACUUUUUUGAUAGUGCAUUAUUUCAAAUGACAUGCCACUAUCCUGGUCAUGUUAAAUCAUAUUCAGUUAUAUUUUUAGUAAUUUAUUUUAGCCUUUUGAAUCUUUGUAUAUAACUAGAAUAGGCUAGAAUUUUAAUGAUUGAUUUUAGCCAAGCAAACCACCACUUUAGUCUGCACGCUUUUUAUAGAUGAAUGUAUGAUAUAUCACCAUACAAUGCAUUGUAACAUCAAAAUAGGAUUGACUGUUAGUAUUCUGAAAGACUUGCCUAAAUGAUGUAAUGUUAUUUCACUAAGGAUUCCGUGCUUGUCUAUAAAAUACCAGCUGCCUUUUUCUCCA